GACCCGAAACAGUGAGGAAAAAAUUGCUUAUUAUGUAACGCAUUGGGCUUGGUGAGGCGAAGGAGAAAGUCUCCGUUUUGUUUGUAUUGUUCCUUCCUUCUAUUUUGUCCAGCUCCGCUUUGUUCGGUUUCUGUGUUUCUUUUCCCAAAUAAACACACCUAGUUUUCAACAACGGAGCGUCCAACCCAUCCGUUUUCCGUUGGCGUCAUUGAAGCACAUCACGGGAUCUCUCUCUGGUGUAAUCUUUGAUCCCUUGAGUUGAGUGGAUAUGAGUCAACUGGGUCUGAUAUUGCAGGAAUCGCUCCGCACCGAGAGAGAAACAAGAACCAUUCUGGGUUUGCUAACGGAGCAAAUGGACGGCGUCGAUAGAGCCCAACGGAGGAGACGGACCCUCAAAGAACGCCUCAGAUUCACCGGAAUCGGCUGUUGUGGAGCCACGUGGGUUUUCCGUCCAAUUGUCAGGGAGGAAGGAGGAGGGGCACAAGCACAUCAACAGCAAACAAAUGCGGCUCAAGAUCCGAAUCCUAAUGGAUCCGAAUACGUGAGCCCGAGCCCGUCGGGUACGAGUAUGAAUCUUGCGGCGGCGCUGGCAGCGGAGCGGCAGCUCCGGGAUGGGGAGGGGGAGGGGAGGAGGGUGGUGGCGCCGGGGACGCCGUUGAGGGUGUCGUUGAUGCGGCUGUUGGAGGAAACAGAGGGCGGGGAUGCGGAGAAAGGAGGGGGUGGUGUGGGGAAUGAUUGGGUGUGCUGCGUGUGCAUGGGAAGGAAGAAAGGCGCGGCAUUCAUCCCGUGUGGGCACACCUUCUGUAGGGUGUGUUCGAGGGAGCUGUGGUUGAACAGAGGUACUUGUCCCCUUUGCAACCGUUCAAUACUCGAGAUUCUCGACAUCUUCUGAAAUCACCCUUUUUCCUUUCCUCGCCCCCACGGAACGCACAUUCUUUCAUCACGUGUAACAGCAUAGUCUGAAUUUCGUGAAUUUUAUUUCUGUAUUUUAAUACUCGUUUUGUUGGGGUACAUUUUGUCAUUAUCUUGGGUUCACUCAUUAUACCCCACUUACAAAAACAGUGGAAAAGGCUGCGACAAACAACAAAGCCAAGUCUCGGAUCUUUUAAAUUUGUUUGAAAUUCAUAUGUGCUCAUUUUGGGAUAAUUUUGGCGCUUCAAUCAUCAAAUUUCUAGAAAGGGGACCAAUUUCAUUGCCA